UUAUCACAGCUCAAUUAUCUUGGAAAGAAUCUAUUUCUUAUCACUAAAUGCUUAUUAAAAUAUUAUCUAUAUAUAUUGUAGCAUAAUUCGUCAAUAGAUGGUAUUAUUAGGCGAAAUAGUAAACGUCGCGGACGAAUAGUGUAUCUAAUUUCUAAAAGGAAUUUGAGUAAAGAGAAAAAGAUAUGGACCGUUUAACCUAUUUUGUGCUAUUCUCUAUGCUUGUAAGCACAUUCGCCAUGCCCAAAACAUCUGUGUCUAAAGUUUACAAUUUCCCUUUCAUCUCUCGAAGUGAAUGGGGCGCGAAUCCACCAACAGGUGUGACUUUAUUAAACUAUCCUGUACCGUAUGUGGUCAUCCACCAUAGUUAUAUACCAGGAGUGUGUAUGACGACAGAUGAAUGUAAGGCCGCUAUGAGGGCCAUGCAAAACUACCAUCAAAAUGAUCAACAAUGGGUGGAUAUUGGGUACAAUUUUGCAGUCGGCGGUGAAGGUAGCGUGUACGAAGGUCGAGGUUGGGAUACUGUGGGAGCUCACGCUGUUGGUUACAACGUCUUCAGUAUUGGCAUCUGUCUAAUUGGAGAUUGGGUUUCCGAGUUGCCCCCACCAAUACAGCUGGAGAACGCUAAAAAGCUAAUCGCUGCAGGUGUACAACUAGGUUACAUUAGUCCAAAUUACAAUUUGAUCGGUCACCGUCAAGCAACAGCAACAGAAUGUCCGGGCGAGUCACUGUUUAGAGAAAUUACAAGUUGGGAUAGAUUCUCUAUUGCCGGUUAAUAAUUAUUAAUUAAAAAACAAACAGAUAAACAAAUACUAAUAUAUUAUUAAUAUUUAUAUACUAAUACAUAAUCUAACCUUACGAAUUUAUUUGUUUUACUCUGUUAUUGAUGAUGGAUGUAUUUGUUUGUCUAUGACAUUGUAUAAUGUAAGAAAAGAACGACUGAUUUA